GAAAGGCAGGAAGUAGAGUAGCAAGACGGUUGUAUUGUUUGCUUAACUCUGACAUGUGUUUGCGAGCGCAAGGGGAAGAACGAAUGAAGUUGGUGGUUAUUACUACUACUUUAACAUUUCACUUUAGCUGCUGACCAUCUGUUCGUGUUCAGGGCAGAGUGUGUGUGUGUGUGCGCGUGUAUGUGUGUGAGUUAUCUGCACCACGCUGUGUCCAUGACGAAAGCAACCAUCGCCAAACUCACCUUACUCAUCUUCCUCGCUUUCAUUGUGUGCCUACCAGAGUUCUUCCCAUCAGAAGUGUUACAGGUCCGGUUUCUCUGUGCACCUUUUGACCCUUGUGGCCCUAACAGUGGGCGUGACCAUCAUGACGGACAGGUCUAUGAGAUGUAUGGCAAUGCAAGUAUCACUCGCCCCCGGUGUGAGCCACAAAACGCAACCAAUCAGGACGAAGGAGUAAAGGAGUGGUUUGUGUGCGAGACUCAUGCUGACCUGCAGAGUCUCGGUGACAACGCCUCCAGCUCAGAAGUGGACAUGGAGGUGAUUGUUACGCUACAGAUCACAGCUCCUCCUCUUCUGCAGAAUGUGACUCUAAAUGGACAUUUUAACCGCAGUGGACUUCACAUUGAAAAACAACACAACAUCACACUGUUCAGCUGCUGCAUCCAGAACGUCAGCGCACAGCAAAACAAAGACAAGACGCCACAAUCCAGCUCCUCAAACCAAAACUCAGUGUCUCACAAACCAAACACUUCAGAACCAGGCAUCUUCUCAGCAGGAUCACCUGAUGUAACAUCUUCUGAAGGAAAAAACGCCAGUUCUAAUCACACGCCCCAAUCGAACAGAAGCCACUGCCUUUUUCACGCCAAGGACAUUCCGAGCAUGUCUUCAAAAAAAGCGAGGUGGUGGAGUGUCAGUACCGUUGUGUGGUUGGUUCUGGUGCUAAUGGUGCUCAUAUUGGUCCUUCUGGGAGUCAGGGAUCAGGUCGUUAAGAACAGACACAAAAAAAAGGUGAUACCACUUCUAACCCCUGCCAAUCAGCCAAAGACGUUUUCCAACCGCAGAGUUAAAUCUUUAGGUGAUUUGCCUGAUGACGUAUCAGCGUUAAGCAUUGAAGACAAAGAACUGUUCUUGGAGAAGAUGCCAUCAGAUUACUCAAGAGGUCAUCUAACAUCUCACCAAAGAAAAGUCUCUUCGGCUCCAACCGAAAGGUCUCUUCAGGUCUUUCAAGAAUUGUACAAGAGAGGCCUCUCUCCAAUUCCUGAGCUAUCUUUGACAGAUGGUUCACUGGGAGAAAAUGAAGAUGAAUAUGAUGAAGAAGCGACGUCUGAUGGUGAAAUAACAGAAGAAGAGUGUGAGGUGUGUCUGGACAUCCCCUUAACAUCAGCAAACACACACUCUGAGAACUUCACUUUCCUGCAUCAUCGUAGCCUUCCGUCCAUUGAAAGCUGCCAUUAGUCAAAAGCACCAGGAGGAAGGGAUAUAAAAAGAUGUCCAACACUUUAAUUCCAGUGCUAUUUUUUAACACACUUGCAUUAACUUCCCCUCACGGCUUAUCCACAGACAUACGAGAACAGUAGAGGGCUCAUUAGGUGAUGAUGUUAGCUAUGAUGAUAUAUCAACGCCUCCAUAUUUGCUGGAAGGUCAAUGCAAGUCUAUAGAGGGAUGAUAAGAUAAGAUGAGCUGUAACUUGCUGUAUGUUUAACUUAUUUACACAAAAUUUGGCAUCAUAAUUAUAAAUACACAUGCACUAUUAAUAUGUUCAUUAAGCUUAAUUCCUGAAAGCCACCAGCUAAUCAGUGAAAUGAGAGAAAUAACCAAAAACCUCAUGACUUUACUGAGCAAGCGUUUUACUUCUAUUGACAAAUUUAACGCUAAAACCAACCUGAGAAACAUAUUUCCUUUUUUUUUUUUAAUAUACCAGAUUUUAUCACCUGAUUAAAAAAAGUAGUUAUAACUAAAACCUAACUAAGAACAAAUUCAAUUCUGUAAGUAAGCAAAUAACAAGAUUUAACAAAUCAGAAUUACAUAAAAGGACUCACAAAGUUUAAUGUACAAAUUCUGUUACAAUUUCUAUUGUUUGUCUUUGUUUACCUGCCCAGGGACUGCAGAUGGAAAUUAGCUAGUAGCUAACUCUUGUGCAAAGCAUCUUUUGUACAUCGUCCCUGAAAAAUGAACUAAAAGAACAGAUUUAUCAUUGAUAAUGUAACAUGAUGCUAGCUAAAUCUAACACCACAGACAAGCUAAUCAAGCUAAACUCACAGAAAUAUUACUUACCAAACAAAAUUAGCCAGCGAUACUCAGUCACAAAGCCUGAACAUUAGCUAAGAACAGAGGUUCAGUUAAAAAACUCACCGCACCAGCACCUAUAAAGUCUCUUCUAAUAUGAAAACACACAUCUUGUCAGAGAUUUAACGACAGGAGUGUGUAGUGAAGAGUAAAUUUCUUCACAGAAACACACUUGACCUCAGUAGCAAGAGCAAUCACUUUAUUAGAACCGUGCACUAAGCCAUAUAGGUUUGCUAACUAGCAAGAAUGUUAGCUAGUUGGUUUGCUAACUAGCUAGUGUGCUUAGUACCUAGCAUCCAUUAGCUGGCUCUUUAACUAGCAAGCAAAUUAAGUAAUGAAGUGUGUAUAGAUGGAGUAUAUACAUGGAUGGCUCCCUAAAAUCCAAUAAGAUUUGUAAUAUAUUAGCUUGUUUAUGCGUUUCUAGAAUUAUGUUUAAUUUACCAUCUGUUUAAUUUAUUGACGUACAAUAAGCAAUUGACUCUACCAUCGUAGAACCAUGUACCAUCAGUCAAAUUAAGCUCAUUUUUUACUAAAAUUUAAGUUAUUUUUUAAUAUUUUUCCCCUCAAAAUCCUAACUAACAUUAAUAAUGUAAGUAUGAAACAUAACAAAGAAAAUUUUUAAAUGUUGGUUCGAUAGAAAGUGACACAAAUUGGCCUUGUGCCAAAUUUACGCCACGUUUGUCAAACUGUUUAAAAAAUUAUUUGGGUUAAAAAAAAAAAAAAGUUAAGUAGAUGGUUGCGUCUGUUUAUUUUAACUAAACAAAAUUUCAUCUGCCAAUUUUAUGUUACAAAACGAAAUUAGAGGAUGUGUUAAAAAACGACUUUUAUGUUUUUAUACUUUUAUAGAGUAUUUCAACAUGUAUUUAUCAUCUGUAGAAGUAACAUGGUCCAUGCUAUAGAAUUUUAUAAAUUGCUGUUUUACAGUUACCUAUUUUGUAAUUAAAAAAAGAGGACUCA